AUGGCUUGCCACUCGCCCAACGCAGCAGCUACCAACACCAGAGCCGGUACGAUCCCUGCAGAGCUAGAACACAUCUCACCCUCCGUAUCCGAAUCUGCAUCCGCAUCCGCAUCCACAUCCACAUCCACAUCCACAUCCACAUCCACAUCCACAUCCACAUCCGCAGUGGCCCCUUGCACUGCCGCACAAACCUCUGCAUCCCAACUUGCCUCCUGCGUCUCGCUAUCUACAAGCUCGACAGCUACAAACACCACCGACGACCUGCACAACCACACUUCUGAUGCUGCUGCACCCCCGUCUACCCUCGACGCUCCUGCUACGUCUGACGUAGACCCGGAGCUUCGAGCCCCAACUUUGUCAGCUCACAACGCUGACCCAUCCGAUUCCACCGACCAGGCUGCCCACAACCCGGCUCCCAGCUCAACUGCUUCGUUGCUGCCUCGUGCCUCCACCACAUCCACCAUCUCCUCAGCCAGCUCCGGAUCCGCAACCCCCACAAACAGAUCUAUUUCUACGCGCCCUUCGCAACCCCAUGUCGCGCACGCAAGAUCCCAUCUUUUGGCGGCUUCCGCAAACGCUGCAACCUUGGGCCCUGCUCGUCGAUCCAUCAGUCGUCUCGGCGUUCAGCCCUCAAACAACCGCGAGCGCAUCGCACGCAACAAUGUCGCCGCUUCCGCCUUGUCAUCUUCCUACACUUCAAACGCUGUACCCUCCCUGUUUGGCUUCUACUCACACGAUGCCAAUCCCACCGCCUAUGCCAACUCGGCCGCCUCCUCCACCAACUCCACCACCUCGAACGUAGCCCCUCACGUCUGGCAGCCCCCUCCUCGAGACGCCGUCUACCACAACCGUACUGCUUCCAAUUCUUCCGCUCCCACUCGCUCCAGUCACCCCGCAUUCGCUUCGCCCAUAGCGACGCCCCGAGUCGGGCCUUUGAGCUUCUAUCCCUCCACCACUCCGCGUCAACAUGCGCGCGUCUCGUCCAACCUUGGCAACGCAUAUCGCUCCACAGAAACGCAGCGUACCGGCGCUUUCCAUUCCGCUUCGACCACCAACAGCAUCGACUCCACCCUCUCGGCUUCCUCUCUUCCAGCUGAGCAACCCACCUUCGAAGAAACCACGACAAUCUCCUUCACUUGGACCAUUCGCGAUCUGCAUCUCCUACGCGAAGAAGUAGAGCACUCGCCCCCUCCGUCCGAGGGCGGCAGAUCCGUCAGCGCCGGCGCUGGCAAAAGCGACAUUUGGACCAAUCAGCCCAUCUUUGGCGAUAACAAGUGGAAGCUGGAACUCGUUCGCACCACUCGUCCUCUCCCACAUCACGCGCAACCCCCCGCGUUCAGUCCACAUGGUGCAGUCGACAAUGCUGACGACCCGUCCGUGUCCCCGACUGCCUCGGCUCUCGAUCGCGUCCCAGUUGAAACCGAUGACUCGAAUCCAACGCGCACCACCAUCACCAUCCUCUCGGUAUACUUGACCGCCCUUGUCUUGGACUACACCCAUGCCAAUGUUGAAAUCCCCGCUUCCAUCAUGGUAGCUCUGCGACCCAUUCGUGCUGCUGUCGUGAGACGAGGCUCCCAGACCGGUGGCUAUCUGUGGCAACGCUUCUACGACUACACUUUCCAAAAAGAGGCUGACCUCUUCACCUGCCAUGACCUGCCUAGUGUAUCCGACAUGCUUCAGGACACCAACGUCGCGCGUGAUGACGCCAUUGCUCUCACCAUUCAGCUCGGUCUGGGUCCAGGUCACACACGCGCCCUCUUCAGUCAGCCCGACCAUCCCGCUGCCCUCCAUGCCCCUGUCGAGGUCGCAGGUCACCACAUUGUUCCUAGAGCCAUCCUCAACUCGCUUCAUGGUCUGCUCGAUGACGCCAAUACUGGCGACGUCCGUAUCUUGGUACGCGAAAGAGGCAUCCUGCUCCCGGAUUUGUCCGAUGACGCCUCGAUAUCCGACCACGGUCACCAUGACGGUACAGUUGCCGAUAGCCUUGGUCGCAUCGUGCCAUUUCCGAUCGGAUCCACUUGUCCCGCUGCUCCUGCUUCCACCGAAAGCUCCGAAGCGGCCACCAUGACUGGCAUCGACGACGAUCAAGACCGCAUCUUUGUGCGUGACCGUGUGCUGUGGGCACACGCCAGCGUGCUCAAGAAUCGCAGUGACUAUUUCGAUAUCAUGCUCCACUCUGAUUUCAGCGAGGGCAUCAGCCGCAAUUACGGUUCAGUCGACACGAGCUUCGGCCCCGCUCGCAAUGUUCGCACACUCCAGAUCUCGGACGCCGACUUUGUCACGGCAUACUGGUUCCUGCGCUACCUUUACACUGAUGACAUACACUUUGCCGACAAGCAAGAUGUGCGUAGCGCUGUGCUCGACGAAGAAUGGACCAAGGGUGCUGACCUCGGCUACCUGACAACUGGCUCCACCAGCGGCGAUGCUGCUCCCGCUGUAGAUUUGCGCAAGAGCAUGCUUGUUGACUGGACACCCAUCUCGCAGCUCAAGCACUACGACGAUUUCAAUGUGGACGGAAUGGGCUACGCCAUGGCUGCUGGCACAGCAACAGGCGCUCGGAGCGAGCUCUCGGGCUCGUUUGUUCUGCAAGGACCGCCCACCUCAAAGACUGCUGCAACGUCGGGGUCGCUACGACAGAGGACAAGCGCAGCCGGUCUCGGUGAUGGCUCGAGCGCUAGCGCCAGCGUCUUGGCAGGAGGUGGCAACGGUGUUGGAGCUCGGACGCUAUCAGCACCAAACUCGCCUUCUGGCACGACGGUAAGCGGCGCUGGACAGCAUCGUUCUGCGGAUGAAGCCAGUCGCGUGGCGGGUCGCGCCGUGUGCAACGUCUCAGCUCCACUUGACCAGCACGACCAUCCGUGCGCGGAGCCAGGACCGGCUUCGGCGCUUUCGAUCUUCAAGCUCGCGCAUCGGUACAACAUGUACGAGCUUAUGAGACUCGCUUCGCUGCACAUGGUGGCUACACUCACCCCGCAGUCGGCGUUCCCGAUGCUGCUCGCCACUUGCAUGUACACGGAAUUGCACGCUCGCAUCAAGACGUACGUCUACCAGCAUUGGCACCUCGUCUCGCACACGCACGAGUUCGAACAGUGCUGUGACGAGGUGUGCAUGGGCAUGUGGGGGGCUGAUGCGGGCAAGACGAUGCGUGCGUUUGUCACAAGCUUGGUUUCGCCGCUGCGCGCGGCUGCGAGCUGA